AUGAUUAGUAACGAGGAGGACAGUUCGGCACAGUUCCAUGGUGAAAUGGACAAAUUUACAUAUCCACACUCGGAUAGAGAAAUCAAUCAAGGUGAUAUCGAGCUAUGGUAUGUUUAUAUUAUUAUUAACUAAAAUUGAUUAGCGUAGAAUAAGAUAUAUUAUGACACAGAGAGAAGUUAGGUCGAAUUAAGUACACAUGAAUGAAGCAAGCUAGUCAGUAUAGAUAGGACAUGCAGAAGAAGAAAUAAUUAAUGAAUUAAUAAUUAAUUGAUGCAUUAAUUAAUUCAUGGAAAAGUUUCGAAAGAAAAAACAAACAAACAAGAUUGAGUAACAAUGUAAGCUGAAAGAAGAACUAUAAAUGCAGCCGCAUAUAGUCUACACUACCAAGUUUCUGUGAUCACGGUAGGAAUUUUGCAUUGGCAAAUUCUGAAGGAUUUGUAAGAAAUGUUCGAGGGAACUCUGACUGAAACAUUUCUUAUACAAACACUUCAAAACUUAGAAUUUACCUAUACAAAAUUCCUACUGUGAUCACAGAAACUUUGAUAGCGUAAACCAACUUUAAGGAAUAGAAUUGGGUAGGAACGAAAGGAAGGUAGCAAGACAAACAACUUAGCAGAAUUAAGAUACAGAAAUUGUGUCGAAUAAUAACUUGAUCAUGAUAUAAGCAUGUUCUUUAUUUAGCGAGAAAAGACAACCUCUUGAUGUGAAUAGCGAGAUAAACAAGAAUGGACCCCUCAAUGCUAAAGUAUCAAAACCUAGCUUAUUUCCAGCAAUCCCCAAACGUUUUAUAAUCCUGGUUCUCAUUAUGUUGGCCAACUUUAACAUGUACUGCAUACGUAUGUGUCUUAACGUGACCAUUGUGGCAAUGACUCAUGGCGAAGGAAAGCGGUAUAAUAGCUCUGGGCCUCAUUUAUCUAGAGACAUGGUGAGUUUUACUAAUGUUCAAGGCAACUUAUGUGAACAGUUCUAGAUAAGCUGUAAUUGCUAGAUAUUUUUAUAUAUUUUUUUCAGGAACCAGAGUUUCAUUGGGAUAAACAAUUUCAAGGUUCGAUAUCUUGUAUUUGUCAUGCAAUCACCUAAAUACCUAAUGUAGCCUUAACUUGUUUGUUAAUAGCAAUUUAUAUUAUUAUCGUCCACAGGCACCAUAUUGGCAUCAUUAUACUGGGGUUAUACUGCAUUACAAAUACCAGCUGGACUACUAAGCGUAAAAUAUGGCGGCUCUUUCUUACUUGGUAUUGCAAUAUUUGGUUCUUCAGCUCUUACCCUUCUCACACCGUACAUUGUUCGACAAAAUGUCUAUUCGUUUCUACUCUUGCGUAUCACGGAAGGGGCAUUUUUGGUUAGUGUUAACAAAAAAUGUUUUUCUGUGGUGUUAUGAUUAUAGUAUAGAGUAAUAUGCGUAUUGUGAUGAACACAAAUUGUGACUAUAGUAAUCCUGAGUAAAGUAUACUGUAUGAAUAAUUUUUAUUGUGAUGUAUUUUUACAACGAAAUUUCACACUACUUUUUCUGGGUGUGUUGUCAAGGAAUUUGCCGAAUCAAAGACACUUUUGUUCAGUCGUUAUUAGUAGAUAUUUAACUAUUUAAAACACGAGUAGGAGUGUUUUAUCAGAUAUAAAACGCGAGGCGCAGCCGAGCGUUUUAUGUCUGAUAAAACACGACAACGAGUGUUUUGAAUUGCUUAAAAUACGACUACAAAGAAUAGUAAUUAGGAUGAACCAUUAUAUAUAAUCAUGCUAAUGAGGAUGAACAAUUAUAUGAUGACACAUGCUCUAUCAGAUAUAAGGUCACUCCACGUGACAUAUUAUGACUGACAUGAUUUGCCACAAGGUUUAUGAAUUAUUAAUGAGUAUUUUAAUAAUAUUUAAUGUGCAACUGAACUUCUAUGUAUACUAUAUACUAUACUACUCAUCGCGGUGUGAAUUUCCAUAAUACUUUUAUAACACACAUGCAUGACUUUUGACGAUGCACAGUAUCCCAAGAACUUAAGUUUUUUUCAGUAUAAAAUCAGUAUACAUUGUUACAUAUACAUUGUUGCAUACCAAUAACGACAAAGAAUCUAUAUAAGCACGUCGGCAAAAUAUCGGCGUUUUUAUCGUUCUAAAUUUUAUCUACAAUCCAACCAUAUGCAUAAGUCGUGUGAAAGUUUGUUUUUAAUAUUGUUUUAAAUUUUAUCAACUAGGGUUUGGUGGGGGUGUCAGGAAUAUCAUUAAUAAGCAAAUGGUCUCCAAUUUACGAGAGAAGCAUUUUUCUGAUGGUAGGACAUUCAGGUAUGCAGGGUAAAUGUACUGUACUUAUGCACACAAUUAUUCCAUAUUAAUCAAUAGCAGAUCUUUAUAUAAUUACAACACCAAUAACAAGAUAAAAGGCUCUAAAGACGUGAAGGUCUCUAACACAAAAGUGAGACUCAAUUAUCAAGUAAAAGUCACCGGAAAACUUGAAACAUUUGUAUACAAUAAAGUUUUGGUUUUCUAUAAACUUUGAAAGUGUCCAAAACAUACUAUGGAAGUGUUGAAUUUCUAACCUUUUUCCAGAUAAUUUAGAACUUUCCCAUGUGCAUGCACGCACGCAGUACAGAAGUGUUCCAAAUUUUCCAGUGGGUGACGGAAGGGUGCAUUGUAAUUGCCCAUCAUUUUUUUUAUUUACCCAUGUAAACACAGUUUUUACUUUUAUUUUACCUGAACUGAACUUUAUUAUCAUUCUCUUAGGUGUUUUAUGGGGAACUGUAGUUGCAAAUUCACUAAGUGGUGUUCUGGCAGGCAGUUCGUGGGGAUGGCAGUCUGUUUUUUAUUACUUCGGUAUGGUUUCAUAUACUACUUGCAUGUGCCCUGCAAAAAUGAGUAUGAAAAUAUAAAGUGUUGAUGCAAAGAAAUUUCUGACACCACAGUUUCUUGUGAUGUUUCUUGAAAAUUUAAAAUGACUUAAGGUAAUUCCGCAGUUUUGCAUUGCGCACUUUUACUGCGCACAUCUUAUAACUUAUAAUUUCAUCCAUUAUACGUACAGUUUAAAAAAAUAAAUUUUAUGACAAUUUUAUGUUACUUCAAAACAUCUUUGGUUACAUUCGUGCAAAGAAUUACGUUAAAAUCAAUGUUUUCAAAAAAGGCAUGCAAAAUUGUAGCUAGGGUUCCUGUGUCUGCAGCAUAUUUAUUUACUUGUAUUUCACGUUUUAAUGCCACAAUUCCCUAAAAAGAUCGGUGACCCCCGUUUUUUAACUGAUAAUUUAUUUCUUUAAUGCAUUUUACAUUUCAUAUCCGAAAUUAAAAGACAAAUCAUUUCUGGAUCUUGAAAAAAAAAUCCUUUAUCAAUGCAUGUUCUCAAAGAAAGAUAUGUAAAGAAAUGUGGAAAAGACAUUUGUGAAUCGGAAUUGUACACAUUAGUAGUUUCAUUUUGCUCAAAACACAAUAUUUUUUCAAAAAUAAUUACAAGAUAGGUUUACUAAAGCAAAAUCCGCGCUAAAAACGUCAAUAAAUAUCGGGCUGUUGUGAUUUUGCUGUUGCUCGUAAUGAGCGUCAAGAUGGCGCCAUAUUGGAGUAAAGGUGGUAUAUUGUGACUGUCAUAUCUUCUUAACGAGUUUGGUGACCCCAAGUAUAUCAUAACCUCCAUGCCUAGGAAGUUUCAGCACAUUCUCAUUUCGGGAACAAUACUGCGGAAUUACCUUAAUAAUUACCAGUAAAGGUAUAUAGGAGAGAUGCUAAACAUAUUUCCUUGUCCCUGUAUACAGAAUUGCGAAUGAUUCAGCACAAAUGUGACCAAAUUAAAGGCAUAUUUGUAAAAUAAAAGUGAUGUAACACAACUGUAUAAAAUGCUUUUUUGUUUUAAAAAUGUAUUUUCGUGUCUCUUUUUUAAUUUAUUCAGGUGUUCAAGGAAUGAUGUGGUAUUUAUGUUGGCAAUACUUUGCUUAUGAAGAGCCAAGUGACCAUCCUAAUAUUACUAAAGCUGAGCUAGAACUUAUAGGAAAACACUGGACUACAACAGUAUGUACUAGUAUUAACUCCGAUUCAAAAACUAGCCGCCACAAUUUUGCAUGUAUUUACCAGACUCAUAAACAAUACACCCUUUCGAUAAUUAUACGUCAUUUGACCUGGGAGCCUCGCUCUCAUGAAUCGUGAGCCAAUCACCUUGCGCAAUUUACAAAUGAGAGCGAGGCUCCAAGACCAAAACGUAUGUGACGUAAUUAUCGAAAGGGUGUUUCAAUUUUUUUCUCUGUUGAAUAUUUGCGAUGAAAAGCUAUGGAUUUAGGAUUUAAUAGUGUAUUUUCACUUUCAGCUCUCGCUUCGUGAUAUUCCAUGGAAAUAUAUAUUUACCUCGGUACAUGUCUGGGCGAUCAUUAUAGCUUACUUUGCCCACUGUUGGAGUUUUUAUACAUUUAUGAUGUCACUUCCUACCUAUCUGAAAGAUAUUCAGAACUUAGAUAUUACAACAGUAAGUAGUAUAUACUUGAAAUGAAUGACAAAGAAAACUUCGACGUUUCUGGGAAGACCUUCAUCUUGAAAUAGGUAACUUCCACAUGAAGGGACUCCCCUCGAAAUUUUCUGUAUUUCAUUAAGAUAGUUACCGUAAAACGAAUUAGUCAGUUUAUUGGUGAAUAUACUAUAAUACUUGAUUCCCAUGCAUAUUUGUUUUUACUGUACACUGUAUACCAACAAUACCUGUGUGUUUUAGCAUGCAGCCUAAGACAGUUUUUCGACUUACAUAGUUUUUCGACUUACUUUGUUUUAAUCAGCAAUCCCCAUUUGAUUUGAAUUUUAUGGCAUCACAAUUCAGUUUUACUUGUUUACGUUUUAUUUCGAAAUUUACCUUGUAGUCUUGGAGUAGAGUCACUAGUUAUGAUAACCUAUAGCCAUGAUAUACAGUGUUUCGGAACAGUAGCAGUUUAACAAAAUUCGUGAUUUUACGGUCUUACAUGAACCUUGUUCUUUUCUAUUCGAACAGGGCUAUUUUACAACUAGUGCCAGGCCUUUUCCGAGUUCCGAGAUCACCUGGCCGGUGACUUUACAACGGUUAAUUCAACUUUUUGGAAUUUACAGUGUAAUAUAAAUUUUCACAUGACUUCGUGCUUGUUAUUGUAUAGAUUGGGUUUGCCAGCUCACUACCGUAUUUCCUUUCUGCUGUUUUGUCACCUACGUGGGGAUAUUUUAUAGAUGUCAUACGAAGCAAAAGAUAUAUUUCUACAACAAAUGCGAGAAAACUUUCGAGUUUUAUAGGUAAGUAGUAUACGAACGGUUCCAGGAUUUUAUUUUGGGCGGGGGCAACUUAAUCAUGACGUCACAAUUCUAGUGUAAAAUUCAUGUGUAAAAUUCAUGUGUAAAAUUCAGGAGUAAAAUUCAGGAGUAAAAUUCAGGUGUAAAAUUCAGGUUUAAAAUUCAGGUUUAAAAUUCAAGUUUAAAAUUCAAGUGUAAAAUUCAGGUGUAAAACUCAAGAGUAAAAUUCAGGUGUAAAAUUCAGGUUUAAAAUUCAGGUGAGGGGUCUCUGAUACAGCAUUCUAGUAGAAGUUAUUUUAGUUUGGUGAAGUUUAGUUCACUAAUUAUUUAUAUUUACUUUCUUCAACCAGGCGCUGGAGUUAGUGGAAUUUUUGUAGUCGCAAUGGUGUACGCGUCAACAGCGACCUCCGCUAUCUUCGUUGUUACCAUAGCAAUAACCUUGUCGAAUUUUAACACAUCUGGACCUCAAACAAAUAUAGUAGAAUUGGCGCCAAAAUAUGCUGGUGUUUUAAUGGGUUUCGCAAACUUUGCCUGUAAUCUUACCGGAUUUAUUUCGCCCGAGGUUGUCGGAGCAAUUACUAUUCACGGGGUAGGUAACAAUUUCUCUGAGUCCACUUACAUGGUCCCGUUUUGAACCGGAAGAGGAUGAGACGCGAUCGAGCCAGAGGAGACAAUUCUGAUAUAUGGAAAUAAGUCAUAAUAUUAUUCUGGAGUAUUAUUGGUGUAGAUAUGUAUCAUUUCAACAAGAUCUACUCAACAAUGUUUACCACUGCAUGCGUCAGUUCCCUCAAACAUUUCUAACAAAUUCUUUAAAACGUAGAAUUUACCUAUGCAAAAUUCCUACUGUGAUCGCAUAAAUUUUGAUAUAGUGUAAACCAGCCAUAGAUAUCUUAUAUACACUAGAUAGUGCAUCUAAUUAUUCCGCAAUUCAAAAAUUGAAGCCGUGAUUGCAGUCUCAGGUCGUUCCCAUGAAAUGAGAAGAUUCGUAUGUUUUCUAUCUCUUAAACAGGGAACUUAAACAUUAAGUUAACCCCAUUCCAAAUACGUUUUUAAAUUAUUCAAAUGAUAAAAGUUAUUGUUGUUUUUAAGCGUUUAUUAGCAAGUGGGAACGACCAACAUGGCCGCCAUCUAUUUAAAUGGGGGUAACCGCUGGAAUAUUCUUGGCUUCAAUUUUACUAAAAGAGAUGCGCUAUCUAAUGUAUAUAAGAUAUCUAUGACACCAGCCUUAUUCAGGCCUUCAUCAGUCAGAUUUGCAAUAUUCCACCUAGAUUUUCUCAGUUACUGUCGAUGCAAUGGAAGUGUUGAUAAAAUAUUGCAUGAAUUCAUUUCCUCAAGUUGAUCAACUCAUACGAAUUCAAAUUUCUUUUUACUUCCUGUGCGUUUCCUAUUGGUCAAUCGGUUCUGAAACGAAAUCUAAUUGGCUCAUUUAAAAAUAACAGGAAUUUGAUCAAUUUUCUAUCAAAUGAAUUGAUCAACUUGAGGAAAGGAAUUGGUGCAAUAUUUUAUCAACACUUCUAUUGCAUCGACAGUAAAUAUUCAUAUAUCCUUUAUUGGCCAUCAUAUAUUUUGUUGAACAACCUCUACCAUAUAUGUCAUUCAUAUUUCAUUAUGGUUGAUUCUUUUCAGUUAACAAAAUGUUUCUUGCACAUUUUCAGGAUGAUAUCCGACAUCAGUGGGCCAUUGUAUUUUAUAUCACUGCUGUUGUUAAUGCACUUGGUAUGACCUUUUAUGUUUGUUUUGCAUCUUCGGACAAACAAGUCUGGGCUGAUCAUUAA